UUCGCCGUGUACUGGGCAUGGCAGGAGAGGGCACCUAUGCAAUGGACAGAGUCCGGGUGGGUGGUAGAGUUAGAAGCCAAUCCUCAGGAGACGAUUGUGUAUAAGCACGUCAUCGUGACCCAUAGUGGUGAUGCAGUUUGGGAAGGAGGUCCGAACUGCGUCCUAAACGUGCCAAAUGAGGGUGAAUUUGAGGUUAUCACGCACUGGGAUUGCACACAUGAGGAGCUUCAGUUGCAGGGAGAGCCAGUAGUUAAUGAACUGGUAGGUGUGCGUGAAGAAAGUAAACAGGAGCAAGCCCAAGCUCCUGAAGUCACGAGUAGUCAGCUGGAGGAGGUUUUCUUGGAGGUUUCCACUUUUUUUGUACAUCGAUGGCAGGGAAGCGCUGGAAACGAUAGAAAGGAAGGGACAGGGAUGUGGGAUACUACUGGUUUGGAUGGCGUGGCCCUACAAACAGUAGAAGGUGAUAAAAACGCGAAGAAUUGGUGGGAGAAGUUGGAGGUGGUACGUGCUCUUGUAACUGGUGAGCCUGGAAAGAAAGAAUGGCUAAAGUCGCUUACUCAUGUUGCGGUGUACCUGAAAUGGAUCAGCACCAGGGAAAUUAAUUCCGACGAGGUCGGUCAACAUUACAGGCCUAACCAGCACGCUGAAAUUCCGAGAAGGAUCUUUGUAGAGUUUGAACAGGUUACUGUUGAUAGUAGUUCAAGCUUGAGAGAGCUCCUUUUAGUCCAAAAAAUUCAUUCUUGCUGCCUGGUUUCAAGGCAGAAUAUACACCCUCUGUUCUUCUGACUAGAAUAUGGGACAUUGUGCAUCGUAACUAUAUCCCGCAAGUCCUGAUAAAGGAAAUCAAGCAUAAAUUACAGAAUGAGUUGCAUAGAAGUGCAGAACCGAUUGAUUUAGUGGCUGCAGAGGCAUUACUCGCGACGGUGACCGAAACGCCAGGAGAUUACAGUGAAGAAUUUGUGAAGGAGCUCAAAACCUUUUACGCGGAGCUCAAAGAUUUCUUCAACGCUGAAAGCUUGACGGAACAGCUGGAAGGAUUGCGCCCAUUUAUUGACGAGGACACCCAGGCAAUUAUUGAUCAUUUUCUUUGGAAAAAGGACAGUUUGGAGAAGGCAAGUGGUGCAAAUAUCAUAAAGACGUUUUUAGAUACGAUGCAUGCAUUGACCAACUUACUUGCGACAAUUGUCAAGGCGCUUGACAGCGGUAUUCGAAAUGAAGAUUCUAACGAAUCCGUAACCUUGCGACAGAAAUAGUGCCUGUCAGAGAUUGAGUUAGAAAAUUACUCGUUUGCUUUGCUCAGCAGGUUGGUGAAUAUGUAGGAAAGUGCAGGAGGAGCUGAAUGGCUUGUAGAAGAAGUUGGGAAUGGAAAAGUAGAGCAAUGGACACCCUCAUUGACAGGCCUCGCCUUGGGUGUUCAGCAGCUGGGUUUGUCAGGUAUGCACAACGCAGAAUGUCUUGCGAUUAAAAGCGAGCUACUUGCGUGGUCAUCGCCAACGGUUAUCUCCACAUUUGAGACCAAAGACACGAAGACAUGGGCACUUAGAUUGAAGGCACCCAUAGGGCGUGCACGUCGAUUCGCUGAGACCUACACUGGCACAGUGUUACAAGUCUACCCCGGCUAUGUGGGCAGACUGGGCAAGGCUUUUCGCAUUUCAGGAAACACCGUAAGAAAUUAUGCAGAAGCUGAGGUUCUUUGCCAUCUUCCGACAGUGGUCCUGUCAUCCUGCUGGUUAAGAAGGCCUUUGGCGGGGAAGAGAUCAAGGCCGCAGGCUUGAAUUUGAUGGGGGCAGUCAUACAACACCACCUCCUUCACUUGUCAUCAAUGUCCGAAGCCCAGUUGGGGCGGUACUUGACAACUUAGAAGCUACAGCUGAAAAUUCUGGCUCGAAAGCAGUUGGGUGCCAUGUGCUAGCUGUGUUGAGUGAUCAGACAAAAACAGUACGCGACGAUCGGGGUGUGCCUGCAACGGUUUGUGUACCCAGAGGUAAGGUUAUUCCAUUUGGAGCAAUGGAGGACGCUCUCGAAAGCAGUGCCUCCUUGGAAAAGUUCCAUGAACUCGUUGAAAAGCUUGAGGCUACUCCUCUAGAAGGUGCAGAGUUGGACAAUGUGUGCAAUGAUUUGCGAUCUCUGGUUGCUAAGCAGAAGAUUUCGGAGGCAGUUCUGGAAGGACUCGCCUCAGGAGGGUUUCUCAAAUCUGCCAGGCUUAUCGUGCGAUCAAGUACAAAUGUUGGAGAUCUAGCAGGAAUGUCGGGAUCGGGUUUGUAGGAGUCAAUACCAAAUGUUCGACUUUCACAGCCUGAAACUUUUGGUAAAGCCUUGGCUCAAGUUUGGUCUUCCUUGUACACUAGAAGGGCAGUCUUGAGUCGGCGAAUGGCUGGAGUGCCUCAAAAGGCAGCCUCCAUGGCUGUCAUUGUUCAGGAGCUCUUGUCUCCAGGGGUAAGCUUCGUCCUUCACACAACGAGUCUAGUUGAUAAUGAUUUGACAGUACUGCAAGCUGAAUUAGCUAUUGGAUUGGGUGUGACUUCGGCCUCUGAGACACGAGGCACUCCAUACCGUAUUGAUGUCAACAAAUUUGAUGGGACGGUGAGGACUUUGGCUUUUGCAAACUUCAGCGAGAAGAUAUCAGUAAAUGAGGGAAGUGAAGAAGCUGGUGCAGCUAUGGUGCGCGAAGUCAUUGAUUAUAGCACCCAAAGUCUUUCUUUUGAUUCUCUAUAUCGAGAACAAGUAUGCCAGCGUCUUGCCGCCCUUGGAUUUUUCCUUGAACAACAUUUCAAAGCCUCUCAGGAGAUUAAGGGCUGCAUCAUUGGUAAUCAUCAUAUCUUUGUGCAAACACGACUGCAGUCAUGAAAUCAGAACACAGUUGAGUUGAACUACUGAACGUCUGCGAUCUUUUUGAAACCUACUUUGUACAAAUAGUGUAGAUAAUUUUAUAUCGAGUGACUACUGUUGCCCUUGUUUCCAUGCAUGGCUGUGAUCUUUGCAGAGCUCCAAAUUUAGCUCCUCUUUACCAGCAGCCGUUUUAUUUAACACAGACUAGCAAUGGUAGCAAAUGCUAUCUUCCCAGCUCCUUGGUACCAUUCAAAGCGGAUCAAGGUGGACAGUAACCUUUUUCCAAUCGGUUGUACUUGUCAUGAAUAAGCUCUUUCUCAUGUCAAUAUUGAGAUCAA